AUGGCUCCUUUGGUGCCUCCUUUAGGUUUUGCUAUGGUGAGUCCUGGGAUUUAUCGUUCUGGACAUCCUAAUUAUAGGAAUUUUGCUUUUUUGGAGGGGUUGAAACUUACUUCGAUCAUGUAUCUUUGUGCUGAUAAUUAUAGACCACAUACGUUUAAUUGGGCACAAGAUCGUGGAUUGAAAAUCUUUCAUUACAGAAUUGAUUUAUCAAAAGAUCCCAAUUCACCAAUCACACCCCACUCGAUCUACAGCGAAGCAUUAACCGACAUCUUAGACACCCGAAACCAUCCGAUCUUAAUCCAUUGUAACAAAGGCAAAAACCGAGUAGGAACAAUCUGUGCCAUCUUACGUAGGUAUCAAGCAUGGAACUUAGAUUCUAUUCAAGAUGAAUGGAAUAAGUUUUUCGGU